UCAUCUGUUUUUUUCAUCUGGAUUCAAGAGCUUCAGCAGCUUCGGCCUUAUGGGAACGUAAACGCGAGCUUUUUUAAGGAUUACCAGCCGUCUCUCGCGCUCUCUCUCUUUCUCUCUCCUCUCUUUUUGAGGUUCACCUUCGUCGAACUCGGAAGAUUUUUUUUUCCUCCGGCGAACAGCAGAAAAUCAUCGGCAUGUGAACUCGAGUGAAUCAAGGCUCCUAUCGAUCCUCCUCCUCUUCAUCAUCCUCCUCUCCGGGGCAUCUUUGGGAAUGGGCCAGCGCCUUCCCAGGGUGCAUUUCUCACCCCAGCGGCGUGGCCGGCGUCACGCGAGAGUGAGGAGGGCAGCGGCCAGGUCCUAGAGCCCGCCCCCUCCCUCUCGCUUUCAUUCCGAAGUGGACUUUUGACCUUUGACUGGGCCGUGACCUCGCCGUGACCUCUCUUGAGCCAUGCCCUUCCGGCUGAAGCUGCGGCGUACGAGACGCUACAACGUCCUGAGCAAGAAUUACUUUGUGACGCGGAUCCGCCUGCUGGACAGCAACGUGAUUGAGUGCACCCUGUCAGUGGAGAGCACGGGACAGGAAUGUUUGGAGGCAGUGGCACAGAGGCUGGAGCUACGGGAGACCCACUAUUUUGGGCUGUGGUUCCAAGGGAAGGCCCAGACUCCGGCCCAGCGCUGGGUUGAACUUGAGAAGCCCCUUAAAAAACAGCUGGACAAGUUUGGCAAUGAGCCACUCCUCUUCUUCGGGGUCAUGUACUACGUGCCCAGUGUUUCCCGGCUCGAGCAAGAAGCCACCAGGUAUCAGUAUUACCUACAGGUGAAGAAGGAAGUGCUGGAUGGACGUCUACACUGCACAGUAGAGCAGGGGAUCAGACUAGCUGGCCUAGCAGUACAAGCUGACUUUGGAGACUUCACUCAAUUCAUGUCUCAGGAUUUUCUCAGGGAGUACGUGCUCUUCCCAGUGAACUGGUCCCAAGUUGAUGAGGUGCUGGAGGAGUGGACUCAGAAGGUGGCCGAAGAGCACAAGAGUCACCGUGAAAUGCAGCCUGCCGAAGCAGAGCUGCUGUACAUCAAGGAGGUGGAGAAACUGGAUGGCUUUGGCCAGGAGAGCUUCGCUGCUAAGGAUAACUACACCAACGACAUUUUCAUUGGUGUGUCCUUCAUCGGAGUGUUUGUCAAACACCGAAACGGCAGAUCCAUCAUGCUCCACAGAUGGAAGGACAUCGGGACGAUUGCACAUAACAAGUCGGCCAUCACGGUGGAGAUCACGAGUAAAGACGACACCAUCAUCUUUCACACAGAGGAUAUGGAAAUGUCGAAGUACAUUGCCCGCCUUUUCACGGCCAGACACAAGUUCUACAAACAGAACAAAAUCUGUGCAGAGCCAGCCCACUCACCUGCACCCAUCCGGAGGCGACCCACCUGGACCCACAGUCUCCCUCUGCCUCGGCCCCAGUCCUGCAGCUUCCAGUCCAUGCAUUCCCAGUACGGCGAGCAUUACCAAGACACACAGAGCUCUCAAGACAGUAUCUUCCACGAAGACCCUUACUACAAGUCGGAGACCAGUCUGGACGGCUGCCUGGUGGAGUUUGGCUUCCACAACGGCACCGUGCCCAAUGGCAGUAUGUACAGCAGUCCCAGUGUGAGCUCGCUCAACCACUCCCAGACUUUUGUCCAACCCUCGCCAAUCUCCUCCAACCUCAGCAUCCCUGGCAGCGAGCUGAUGCGGCCCGACUACAUCCCCAACCACCGCCACAGCGCCAUCAUCGCUCCGUCCUACCGACCCACGCCCGAGUAUGACGCCGUCAUGCGGCAAAAACGCCGCAUGCUCCCCACACACCAUGACCUCCACAGCCAAUCACUGCGCAGUCUGAACAUCAGCAACGCAUAUGCCUACCGCCAGCCUGAGGCGCUGGUGUAUAGUCAGCCAGAGAUGAGGGAGAGGGGCCCCUAUCACGGCCUGGGGCCCAGCCCAGGACCCUACACACCACAGAUCAGCUACAGUAAGCCGGUGUCCCACGGCCCCCACCAGGGGGGACCGGCAAGCAGCCAGGGCCCCUGCCAGUCAGCUUGCGUCAAUGGCAACGGAGGUGUUGGCGGAAGUGGAGGGGUAGGAAGCUCCAUCUCCCACACUGUUAGUACACCUGAGCUGGCCAACACCAAGCAGCAAGGAACCAACACGGGGCGCUAUGCAGCUACAGCAAACAUGCUAAGAAACCACAUGUCCCGGCCGCCCCCACCUUACCCCUCUGGCUCCUUCCGUCCUGCGACCAGCACGCCGGACCUGGCCAGCCACCGGCAUCGUUGCAUUGGGGGCAGCAGCCCUGAGUUGGUCACCCGCAUGGUGCAGUUGUCUGUCAAAACCUUCCAGCCAGACAGCUCGGCCGUGGUGCAUCAGUCCCUGCAGGAGGUCAGUGAACCCCUGACGUCAGCAGCCAAGCACCGCUCCACGCUGGGCAAGAGACACAGCAUGGAGGUGAUAAGUAGCAUGAGAGGGGGAGGGGGAGGAGGGAUGGAGGGCUUGGCGAUGAAGGGCAUGAACGCACCCCUCCAUCGGAGGAAUACUCUUAGGGAACAGGUGAUGCCCCCCCAGCCCCAAACCCCUCAAACCCAGCCACAGGCUCAGCCCCAACCUCAGCCUCAGCAGCCCAAGGAGUUGCCCUUGCAGAUGCCUGCCCAGAAACCGCCCGAAGGUCCUGGAGCACCUGCUGGCCCAGUGGCCUACCAACAUCAGAAGACUCUCUCCAACGCCACCAUGCUCAUCCACAGCAGCGAGAGCGAAGAGGAGGAGGAGGAGGAAGAAGAAGAGGAGAGGCCAGAGUUCGAUGUGCAGAUCCCCGGACUCAACGAGGACAUCAGCAUCAGUGCCCAGUUGCAGGCCGCUCUGGCCAAGCUGCCCAACAAACCACCUCCGGAGUACCCAGGACCCCCCAGAUCUGCCAGCAACACCCAAAUCCGCCCCCAAACCCACACCCAUAAUCACAACCACACUCACCACCACAACCACAAUCAAGGACCACAGAAAAACCAGGGACCAAUGGGCCCAGCCCAUGCCCAGGCUCGAGUGCCCAAAGGUGGGCAGAUUCAGAGCGGUGGUGGAGGCGGGCCAGGAAAUGGUGUUGGAGGUGGUGGUGGUGGGACGCUGACUCGAGGGGACCAGGCAGGGAUAAACGGGGCGGUUCUGGGCCCGUCCAUAUCAGAACCAGACCUGACCAGCGUGAAGGAGAGGGUGAGGAAGGAACCAGUCAAAGAGAGGCCAGUUUCAGAGAUGUUUUCUCUAGAAGACAGCAUAGUGGAGCGGGAGAUCGCCCAGAGGACGUUGGAGAGACAGAAGAUGUCCGUCGACUCCAUGAAGAGACCCUUGAUGAUGGCUGCCCUCAACGGCCUCUACGUGGCCCGCAUGCCUGUCCCGGAGAGCCCCGCUGAGGACGGUGCCAAGGCUUCCACCGAUGAACGGUGUCAAAUGCUGGAGUUGAAGCUGGAGGAGGAACUGGUCUUCACCGAGUACGAGCAGGUACCCAAGAAGAAGGCUGAUUGUGUGCUCACCACGGCAACGAUGCCCGAUAAUGCCGAGCGCAACCGCUUCCGUGACGUUGUUCCAUACGAAGAGAACCGGGUUGAGCUGGUGCCGAACAAGGAGAACAACACGGGCUACAUCAACGCCUCUCACAUCAAGGUGACGAUCAGCGGGGAGGAGUGGCACUACAUUGCCACUCAGGGCCCACUGGCCAACACCUGUGCAGACUUCUGGCAGAUGGUCUGGGAACAGGGGGUCAAUGUCAUUGCCAUGGUUACUGCCGAGGAGGAGGGUGGCAGGUCCAAGAGCCACCGCUACUGGCCCAAGCUGGGCUCCAAACACAACUCGGCCACUCAUGGGAAGUUCAAAGUCACCACCAAGUUCCGCACCGAUUCUGGCUGCUAUGCCACCACGGGGUUAAAGGUCAAACAUCUUCUGUCAGGCCAGGAGAGGACAGUCUGGCAUCUGCAGUAUACCGACUGGCCUGAGCAAGGCUGUCCUGAAGACGUCCAGGGAUUCCUCUCCUACCUGGAGGAGAUCCAGUCAGUGAGGAGGCACACCAACUCCAUGCCGGACACCUCCAAGAGCCUCAACCCCCCUGUGGUGGUACACUGUAGUGCCGGUGUGGGCCGCACUGGAGUGGUCAUCCUCACUGAGCUCAUGAUCAGCUGUCUGGAGCACAACAAGGAGGUAGAGGUUCCCACCAUGCUUUCAGGUCUACGGCAGCAGAGGAUGCUGAUGGUGCAGACCAUCUCCCAGUACAAGUUUGUCUACCAGGUCCUCAUCCAGUUCCUGAAGAACUCCAGACUCAUCUGAAAUUAUGACCCACCCUGGCCUUACCUGACCCAGCAGAAUGGCAAUAGAUGACAACAGUGGUACUGAAUAAAGGAUGAAGACUGAAUGAUGAGUGUGAAUGAUAGGGGCCCCUCGGUUAGGUGCGUUUGUGGUGUGAGCUGAUUUCAGUGCAAAAGGCCAGAAAUGUUUAAGCUGUAGGCUUUAGCAACUCAAAAUAGACUUUGUGCUGCUUUGAUUAUAUUACUUACAUGUUUGUCAUUGAGAGGCCGUUUGAGGGCAUGAAGAAGCGAGGGCAUUUGUAUACAAAUUGAAGGGCAAAGAAAAGGAGGUUAUGGAUCAGCCUGCAUCGAAACAGACUUUCAUUCCUCCUUAUCGGCAUACCCUAUCUGUGUGUUUUUAUUCUGUUUCCUUAGAACUAGUAUGUGUAGCUAGCACAUCCCUGACCAGUAGGGAGAGUCAGAGGGAGCUCAUGAGAGAUGGUACCUAGCAUGCUAACAAGCAUGCUAACAAGCAAUUGGCUAACAGCUACACAUUAACGUUAAGCAACUGAUUCGCUGUUUUGUUGUUGUUGUUUUUUUGUUUCUUUAAACUCCUAUUUCUUCCCUUUUUAGAUAUUGGAAAUUAUAAAUUUUAAUGGCUAACAAUUUUUAAAAUGAAUACGACCUUGAUACAAUUAAUCUAAAAUGCUAAGAUGACGCAUCACUUUAUCAAAACUGAAUAAUUUAAAAAGAAGUGCCAGUUUCAAUUCAGAAUAUCUAGAGAUGACAGUCAUUAUCAGCAACGAUACUGCACUGCAUGUGCACUGGGUAGCAGCAGUGUUAUAAAUACAAUUUUCUAUUUGAUAAACUCUCUAAAAGAGAUUGCCAAGUAAAAGUAUUCCUCUAAAUAGCUGAACAUUUCCUCCAUAUUUAUAUUAUUGACUCAAUGCAGCAAAUAAUUUGUCUGAACAUUUCAACAUAUUUUUGUGUUUAAAGGAAAGAAAAUUUCAACAAUUAUUUAUUUCUAUCAACUUAAUGCUCGUUUGUAUUGGUUAUGAGUGCGCCAGAUGUGAAGCAUUGACUAACACUAUCAUUUCAUGGCCUUAUCAAAUUUUAUAUAAUUUAACUCGCUUUUGGUAAACCUUUCCAUGUUGCUUGUUUAACUGCAACCUUCCUUGUGACUGUCGUUAGGAUGGCUCCCCAAUUUCCCUCUGAAGAAGCAUCUGUUUGUAAGCUCAACAAGUAUAUAGACUUAAAUAGAACAGUUUCUUUCACACACACACUCAUAGAAAAGUAAUAUUCUGUCCUGCAGUUACUAAUCUUCAGAGAUUUGUUACCUAAGUCAUUUCAAGACUGUCUUAAAGAAUGCGAGUCUGUAAGACUGGUGAUGCGAACAAAGUAAUUUCACCGUUCACUAUGCAGUCGGUAAAGAACUGUACCCUUUUACUGUAGCUAUGAGCCCUCACAGUGAUGCUGUAACCCCGGGUGGAAGACAGUCACUGUCUCUUUCAAACUGUGCCUUAUUUAAACAUUGGUGAAACUACCUUGCUGGUGUCGCCAUGGCGACGCAGCGGGUGUUGAUACACUUAAGAGCCGACCACUAUUUUGAGGCCUGUGUUUGUUUGGUAAGCUAACUUGUAUUUAGCCUCUCAGAAAGGUUCGACAUCUGAAUUGACAUUCACCCGUCGUCGGAGGUGUGCUACGCUGAAGUGAUCAAAUCUAGCGUUUGUUAUCACUCACCUAACUGACAUCCGUUUAGGGCUGGUUUACCACGUGGUAGGACGGUGAUAUCUUGGAUUUGUUCUUACUAAGGAGGGCGAUAUUAAGUGUUAAAUUGUUUAUGUGACCGACCUGUCUGUGCCUCAAAAGGCAGCCAUUUUCUAUAAUCUUGUGAUCCAAAUCCACUAAAUUGUGGUAUUAUCAUGUGCCUCAGUAUGUCUACAAAAUGUCUGUAUUUUGUAGCUCUUCAUUUUGUAUGUAUGUUUAAUCUUUUUUUCUUUUUUUUUUUUUUAUUUCUCUGAAUUGUAAUACAAAGCCAGCCAUGUCCAAAGUAACUCUGUACAUAAUGGGCAUGCGAGAAAAGAUUUUUACGAAUGUUUUUUUUUUCCUGACUUGGUACCCUUAAAAUACCGCAAGAUAAUAAUAAUAAACUAUGCAUGCUCUUUUAUACUCCAGUGUAUAUAUCUAUUCUCAGAUAAUUAUAAGCUUUAUGCUCUCUCGACGUGUAAGUGUUCUUUUGCACUUCUGUUCUCUUUGUGACAGUAUUCUCUCACGCUGCAUUCCAGUUUAUUGUUGUUUUGUUUUUACCCCUAAUUUUUUGGCAGAAUUUCUGAUUAGCGUUCAAAAUAUGUUGUGUACAUAUGUUUUGUAUAUGCUUUUCAGUACGUCAAGUCCCCCCCCUUUUUCUCUCCCUAGACACAUAUGAAGCUGUUGUACUUGCUCAUUAUGCAAUAAAGCCUUAUU